AAAAAAAAAAGGGGGCCUUAAAGCCCACCGCCUUUAGAAAAAAAAAAAAAAAAAACUUUUUUUCUAUUUCAUAUGGAUCCUUAUAGAAACAAUCAAUACAAUUAUAGACCAACAUCCUAUGGAUUACCUCCUUCCACCACUUUUAUACCGGCAACAAAACCACUCACAAGUGAAGAAAAACUCAAUACGUUAUUUGUAGGUGCUAUUGUACCAGGCAUUACCGAUGAAUGGAUAGUUGCUUUACUCGAGAUGUGUGGUAAUUUAAUGCAUUGGAAACGUACCAAAGAUCCUUCAGGUAAACCUAAAGGGUUUGGGUUUGCCACGUUUGCCGAUACAGACAGUGUGUUGUGUGCCUUGCGUGUCUUGGGUGGCGAAACAACACCUGGUGUGACCCUCAAAUCACUUGAUGGAUCACCAGUAGAGAAGAAACUGAUUGUAAAAGCAGACGAUACAGUACGUAAGCACCUGGACGAUUAUCAACGUCAACAUCAACAGGCCAAUAACCAAGCUUCUGAUCAAGAGAGAUACGACAAGGUCAAACAGCAUCUCCAGACCAUCUAUGGUGAAGCGCGUGAUGAGUCCGACGCUUUGGCAAAAGAACUAGCGUUUUAUAAAGAACGUGCUGCUCAACAAGAUGCCAAGCGGUUUUCGCGAGGUCCCACCGAACACAGCUACCCACAAGACACCUUGACCGAUGAAGAAAUCGAACGUCGACGUAAAGAAAAGCAUGAUCGGGAUGUGGAAAAUGCCUAUCAUCAACGCGAAAAGCGAUUUGAACAACGCGAGAUGGUCAAGAUGCGAGAAUACAAAAAAGACAUGAAACGAGAGAUUGAGUUGGAAGAACGAGAAUCAAAAGACAAAGCGUAUUGGUUAGAUCGACUGGCUCAUUGGGAUGAUCAAGUCGAGAUGAUGCGUGGUGAAGAACCUUAUUAUGCUGAUCGAUCGCGUUGGCGACGUAUGCGCGAUAUUCAAAAGCGACGUGAAGAAGAACGCGAUGAAGAAGAUCGUCGACGUGAACUACAAGAAAUCGAAUUAGAGAAACAACGGUUAGAAGAAGAAGAAAAACGUAAAAAAGAAAGUCGGUUAUUGCAGCGUGAUGCUACGGAUGAUACCAAGAUUGCUUUGAAGCCUACUAAGCUCAAUUUCAAUCUCAACAUCAAGCGUAACACAUUGGGUGGUGCUGAUGAUGAAGAAGAAGAAGAGGCGAAAAAGAAGCGUCGUGUGCUUGUGCCAUUGGACUACAGUGGUAUUGAAACCAAUGUAGAAAAUGAUCAUGAAGAUUUGUCACCCGAAGAAAGGCAGCGCCGAGUAAAGGAUUUGAUUGAUUCGAUUCCUAGUUCACAAGCUGAAUUAUGGGAAUAUCAUGUCAAAUGGGAUGAACUGACAGAGGAAUUGAUAGAGACCAAACUACACCCAUUUGUAUCUAAAAAAAUUAUGGAUUUGCUUGGUAUGGAAGAAGAAGACUUGGUGAAUUAUGUGCUUCAGUUUAUUCGGGAGAAAAAAGGACCCAAUGAACUUGUGUCUGAAUUAGAAGGCGCUUUGGAUGAAGAUGCUCUUGUAUUUGUCAUGAAAUUAUGGAGAGCACUUAUUUUUGAGACAGAAAGAAAAUACAAACAUCUCUAA